AGUAUCCUGAAGUUACAGAGGUUGUGGCUGUGGCUAUCGUUUGCGGUUAUCUUCGCGGAGCUCCUUCUGAGGCAUUCCGAACGAUUCCAAAGGGGAAGUUCUUGAACAGUCAUUUUCUACGAUACUGAAAUAUCCUAAAAAAGAAAAGGAAAUGUCGAACAUACAGAACUUUUUCAAACGUUAUCUGCCAGUAGUUAAGGCCGACGAGGGUGAGGAGGAAGAACUGGUGGAUCCGCAAACAGUACUCCGCGAGGAAUGCAGUCAGGAAACAAAAUGCGCCAAUUUUAAAGAGAAGUUAAACACGUGCAAUGAUCGUGUUAAUUCAAGAAGCAACACAGAGGAAACUUGUCUAGAAGAGAUUCUCGAUUAUGUGCAAUGCGUUGACCAUUGCGUUGCAAAGACUUUGUUCAGUAAACUUAAAUAAUUUUAUUCAAUAUUCCGUAAAGAGCCAGCUUGUUAUUUGCAAUGUUAAAGCUGAAGAUUUCUCUCAAGCAUUGUACAUAUAUAAUCGUAUACUAGCAAUAAAAGAUUAACUUAUUAUAGAUGGAAA